AUGGAGAGAAUUGUUCGCGAAAUGAUCGAGGAUUUUGGUCCUGACCGUUUUGCCAUUUUCGUUUACCUGGGACUCGUCGCCAUCGGCAUAAUUUCGAUUGCCGCUUUCUUCUUUCUCCCCUGGUCCUGGAUGAUCGCUGUCGUCGUCGUCUUGAUCACCUUCGUUGUCUGGCGACACUUCUCCCUCCGACGCCAGCGACCGCGCCCGGAGACGGGCCGGCGCUGGAUCAGCCGGCGGGACCCGUCCACCCCCAACACGGCCGGCCUCCCGGCCGUGUACUUCCUCUACAUCCUCGGUUCGGGCGGCCACACCUCGGAAAUGCUCGAGACCAUCAAGCGCAAGUUCGCCCCGCAAGCUAACGCCCACCGGCGCUAUCUCGUCACCACGGGCGACCAAGACUCGCUCAACCGCGUGGUCAAGCUAGAGUGCCUGAUCAAACGCUGCUUCCCCGACCGGCGGGCCGGCACGCUCGACGCCUUCCAGGUCCCGCGGGCACGGCGCGUGCACCAGCCCUUCUGGACGGCGCCCUUCACCUGCCUCAACACCGCCAUCCACGCCAUCAACGCGCUCACCCGCGAACCAGACGCGCGCCCCGCCUUGCAGCACGGCAACGCCUUCAAGUACCCGCACGUGGUGCUGACCAACGGGCCUGCGACGGGCUUCAUCGUGUGCCUGGUGGCGCACCUGCUCAAGGUCUUCGGCCUCGUGCCGCGCGACCGCCUUAAGAUGGUGUACGUGGAGUCGUGGGCCCGCAGCCGCUCGCUCAGCCUCACGGGCCGCCUGUUCCUGUGGUCCCGCGUCGCCGACAUGUUCUGCGUCCAGCACGAGGAGCUCGCCCGCGCCACGCCUGGUGCGGUUUAUGUGGGCCAGGUCGCCGCCCGCCUCGCGCCCCCGGGCUAG